CAUAUUUUUUGAUCAUAAUGUCUCAAUCUCAACUUAUUUGUUUCUCUCAGUUCAUUGUCUUCCUCCCACGAGCCGCCACAUCUCACUCACCGGACGCCGGCCGCCGCACAGCCUCGCGGUCACUGCCUCACCAUCUCAGUUCAUAUUUUUUCUUCUUUUCAGGUUUGUUUGGUCGUUUUCCGAAUUGGGUCUGUCAAUUUUUAGGGGACAUUACUCUGCGAACGGUGUUGUUCAUUCUUGCUCGUUUCUGAGGGGGAAGUUGUUUUCUUCUCAUUUGUACUGGAAAAAAAAGAGGGAUUUAAGUCUGUGCUGCUUUUAGGGCUAUAUUUCGCCCUGUUUAAUUUUGGAAGAUAAAUCAGAAGAACUAUCUUUGUUGCUUUAUACAACCAGAGAACGAACGUCGUGAUGUUCACGCCACAGCGGAAAGCGACGGAGGCGGCGCUGUCGCUCGGGCCAAGGCUCGGAACCAAUAAGGGCAAGGCAGUGGCAUUUCUAGACGGUCCGCCGCCACCAUUGGGUUCAUUGAGCGAGGCUCGGGCUACUGCCACGUUGGAGUCGGACAUGGGAAAUUUGGAUGAUUGGAGAAGGUUUAAGGAAGUGGGUUUGUUGGACGAGGCAGUUAUGGUGAGGAAAGACCACGAAGCACUUGCUGAAAAAGUCACCAAGCUUGAAUCCCAGCUCUUUGAUUAUCAGUAUAACAUGGGGCUCCUCUUGAUUGAGAAGGAGGACUGGACUUUAAAGUUUGAAGAACUGAGGAAAGCUUUAGCAGAAACACAUGAGAUUCUGAAGCGUGAGCAAUCAGCUCAUUUAAUAGCAUUAUCUGAAGCUGAGAAGCGAGAAGAAAAUGUGAGGAAAGCCCUGGGUGCUGAGAAACAGUGUGUUGCUGAGCUUGAAAAGGCUUUGUACGAAAUGCAUGACGAGCAGGCUGAAAUCAAGCUUACAUCUGCUUCAAAGUUGGCAGAAGCAGAUGAAUUGGCAAUUGGAAUGGAAGAGAAAUCUUUGGAGAUAGAGAAGAAGUUGCAAGCUGCAGAUGCUAGGCUUGCUGAGGUAAACAGGAAGAGUACAGAGUUGAAGGUAAGGUUUGAAGAGGUGGAGGCUCGUGAAAGUGUGCUUCACAAGGAGCAGCAGACCUUAAGUCUAGAGCGGGAAACACAUAAGGCAACUUUUAGUAAACAUCAGGAUGACUUGCGAGAAUGGGAGAAGAGACUACAUGAAAGGGAAGAUAGGCUAUGCAAAGAUCGGAGGACCCUCAAGGAGAGAGAGGAGAAGGCAAAUGAAAACGAGAGAAUUCAUAAACAGAUGGAAAUGGAACUUGAAGAAUUAGAGAAGAAAAUUGAUUCGUGUAACUUGGAUAUGAAACAGAAAGAAGAAGAUAUAACAAAACGACUAGCUGACUUAUCAUCUAAAGAGAAAGAAGCUGAUUCUUUGAGAAACAUUUUGGAAAUGAAAGGCAAAGAAUUGCAUCAACUAGAAGAAAAGCUAAGUUUACGAGAAAAAAUUGAGGUACAGCAGUUGCUUGAUGGACACAAAGCUAUUCUUGAUGUGAAAAUGAAGGAGCUUGACAUGGAAAUAGAAGAUAGAAGAAAGUCUCUUGACAGAGAGCUUUCUUCCAAGGUAGAUGCAUUGGGAAAGAAGGAAGCUGAAAUAAACCACAGGGAAGAAAAGUUAGGAAAGAGAGAACAUGCAUUGCAUGAGAAGGCUGAUAGGCUUAAGGAGAAAAACAAGGAAUCAGAAGAGAAAUUGAAAUCUAUAAAGGAGAGGGAAAAGAUCAUUAAAGCUGAGGAGAAAAAGCUGGAGACGGAGAAGCAGCAAAUGCUUGCAGAGAAAGAGAGAGUACAGAGUCUCUUAGCCAAAGUUGAGAAGAUAAAGGCUGAAAAUAUUCAGCUUGAGCUGCAAAUUCAUAAAGAGAGGGAGAACCUGAUUGUAACUGACAAAGAGAGGUCAGAACAUGUCCAUUUGCAGUUAGAAUUGAAACAAGAAAUUGAAAAUUAUAGACUUCAGAAUGAGUUGCUUUUAAAGGAAGCUAAAGAUUUAAAACAAGAGAAGGAGAAUUUCGAGAAAGAAUGGGAAGAUUUGGAUGAGAAAAGGUCUAAUAUUAGCAAAGAGCUCAGAGAACUUCUUGAGGAGAAGGAAAAUCUGGCAAAAUUGCGACACUUGGAGGAGGAGAGACUGAAUGAAGAGAAAGACGCAGUUCAGGAAUUUAAACAGCGGGAGAUGGAAAACAUAAAACUGGAAAAAAAUUCAUUUGCAGCGAAAAUGACGGCUGAGCAAUUAGCAAUAUCUGAGAAAGCUCAAUUUGAGCACAGGCAAAUGGUUCAAGAUUUUGAGUUGCAGAGAAGGAAUCUUGAGACUGACUUGCGAAAUGAGCUGGAGAAAAUGGAGAAGCUUCUUCAUGAAAGGGAGAGAGCAUUUAGGGAUGAAACAGAAAGAGAGCUUAACAACAUUAGGAAACUGAAGGAAGUUGCUCAGAAAGAAAUGGAAGAAGUAAGGUUGGAAAGGCAGAGAACUGAAAAGCAAAGAGAAGAGCUUCUGUUGAACAAGGAGCAAUUAAAUGUAAACCAACUUGAAAUACGAAAUGAUAUAGAUCAGCUUGCUAUUCUUAGCAAUAAGAUCAAGUAUCAGCGAGAAGAGCUGAUCAAAGACAGGAGUCAGUUUCUUUCUUUUGUUGAAAAGCUCAAGAGUUGCAAGGAUGGUGGAGAGAUAGGUAGGGAAUUUAUACUUUCUGAUUUUCAUGUACCUGAAGUGAAUCAUGGGGAUGCUAUUCUUCUUCCGAGCUCUGAUGAUGAACUUGUGGAAAAGUCAUCUGAUGGUUUAGAUGUUUCAGAGUUGGGAACUUCUAAGUCUGAGGCGAACAUGUCUUGGCUUAAAAAAUGCACAUCAAAGAUUUUUAAGCUUUCACCAAGUAAAAAAUCAGAGAAUGCUCUUGCUCCAAUAUCUGUGGAAUUACCACCAGCCACUGAAGAAGUAAAUGAGCCUAAAGUUCUCUACAAUGAUGGAGGAAGAGGGCCUGGUAUUCCUGAAGAUAGGCAGCCUUCCUCUUCUAAAAUUUCCAAUCAUCCUGUUAAUGCUCAAAAAGUUCAAUUUGGCAAUGUCAUACAAAUUGAUGAUGGGUAUGCUCCAGAUCACAGCCAAUUGGACAGUAAGGUGGAUGAAGUCCCAGAAGAUUCUCUGCAAUCUGAAGUGAAGAGUGGUCUUAGAAAAUCUGGUAGGAGACGCAACUCUGGAUUGCAUAGAACGCGUUCUGCGAAGGCAGUUGUUGAAGAAGCAAAAGCUUUUCUUGGGGAGUCCCUAGAUGAACCUGGAUCAAACGUAGUAAUGCAGCCUAGUGAUUCUUAUAAUACAAAUGAAGAAAGUCGUGGUGAUUCAGGUCAUGCUAAGAAAGGAUAUAAUUACCCUACUCGGAAACGUCUGCGUGGUCAGACACCAAAUAUUUCUGAAAGUGAGCAGGAUGGAGGUGAUAGCGAAGCAUGUUCCGGUAGUGUCACUACUGGCCGGGGCAGGAAGAGGCAGCAAACUGUUGCUUCUGGUUUGCAAACUCCUGGAAAUCGAUACAAUUUCAGACGACGCAAGAAUGUAGACACAACCAAAGUUGACCCGAAAAAGACAGAAGAGAAAGAAGCUGAAGGCAGUGGUAUGGUAGAUGCAGCAGCAACUCCAGAAGUUGUCUCCAUAUCACCCGAGGCAGCUAGGAAGAGCACCCAAACCAAACAAGUUGCGCAGGUGAUCACAAUGCAAACUGUGGAAUUUGCUGAAGAGAAAGUUGUUAGGUUUACAACACCAGUAGAUGCUGAUAUAGAUACCGAGAAAGCAAGAUCAGGUGAAAAUACAGAGAUGGACAAUGAAGUAAAUGAUACUUCUAAAUAUGGCGGUGAAGACCAGAAUGGAAGUGUAAUUCAUGAGACCGACAAUGAUUAUGACGAAGAUGAGGAGGAGCUGCAUGCGGGUGAAGUUUCAGUGGGAAAAAAGUUGUGGAAUUUCUUCACAACAUGACAGAUUAAACAUUCUCUUUUUAGAACCACACAUCUACAAUUCAAAAUUUUGACAGUGGGACUUCAGCUUUAGCCAUCAGCUGAAGUUAUUUCACAACACCCUUUAGUUUUCUUCUUCAUUGCCUUGUAAUUUUGCGAACACUACCAUUUAAAAAGAAUUUGGGUUGUGUUAUUCCAGUAUUUUGGUAGUUGAUAUAUUACCUGUCAUUGGAGCACUCGACGCAGAUUUGGCCGAUUACUGGGCACUCGUAUAACUAUAAUUACUCGCAUUGUUUUUCAGCUGUUUA